AUGGAUCCCAUGGAUCCCAUGGACUAUAUAAUGCACAACCCUCGGUCUUCUGGCCACUACGAUCCCGUACACUCGGCUUCGAACCAUUGGAUGUCUCACUCACACAACUCACCUUCUUACCCAUGGCAGACGCAGAAUCCAAGCUUGCCUCAGAGCUAUCCUCACCACCCGUUGCAGCCUGCACCCGGCUCCGGCCCGGAUCCGUUCCAGCUCGGUCACCAUCAUGGAGGCAUCUUGCCGCCAAUGCUGGGCCUGCCGCAUCCCCAUGCGUUUCCAGAAAGCAUGCCGGGGGCCAUAUCUCCGCGACCGAGUGGACGACAUCAGACCUACCAUCGCAGCGCCAUGCCACCCCCCGUAGCGCCGGUCGCUUCCGGCACGGGUGCUCACAGCCGUGAUGGAGCCUUUGCAAACCAAAUUCCCGGCCGGCCAUUGAGUUUUCAGCCGCCUGCAGGCCUGGGUAUUCCACCGCCAGGUGCAGGUGCAGGUGCAGCUCCGGAGCCUAAUUCACAGCAGCAACAGCAACAGCGCCCGCCGUUUCUCGCAUCAGAACCUCCGACAAACAACUUCGGCCAACACAACAACAACUCCCCUCACUUCGUGCCCGUACCCGUGCCUGUGCCUCUCCCCCCUCACCCUUACAUGUCAACACCACCACCGCGUCGGGGUCACUUUUCGUCGGCUUCCACUUCUUCAAGGACUGUCUUUCGUGACAUACCUUCUCCUACCAGGCCAUCCCCUCCUUCGUCUGGUUUCCGCAGAUCUCACCACACACGCCAGCGCAGACCAACAUCCACUCGUAUCAUGUCGUCGGAGCCUGGGCGGGAAGACGAUGACGACGCUGCCCGGCAUGUGUAUUUCGAGCAUGGCAUGUACAGCCCGGGCGGGUCAGAUUCCUCUGCUGAGGCAAACGAAGAAACAGUCCUCCGUCACAUGCAACUCAUGAGAGGUGCUGUUAGUACCAAGAUGGUGGCAUCCAAGUCGACGUUGCGAUCUCUCGAAAGUGUUAAGAUUGAAGAUAUCCCGGAAGGAGACCGAAGCUGUGUCAUUUGCUACGGCGAUUAUGGCGUCGAAAGUCCUGAGGGUGUUCGCGAGUCGCCCCUCCGUCUUCCAAAAUGCGGACAUAUCUUCGGAGACCACUGCAUCAAAACGUGGCUUGAUCAGUCAGAUAGUUGCCCAUAUUGCCGUGACAAGCUGCAUUCAGAACCCAAACAGCACACCAGCGCUUCUACGCGCGCCUUCAUGAGCUUGAUGAGGUCGCAGGGACUCCACGUUUCGUCAAGGGCAACCGCUAAUCCAGACGACAUCUUGGCCAGAGCGAUGGUAAUGUCUUAUGGGAUGGGGGGCAGAAACGGAUCCCCUUCGCGACAGCCUGUCACGGCUGGACGAAGAUCACCACCAAGUGAUGCGGGCGAACGACAACGUCGAACCAGAGCCCGACACGACAACGGACACACUCGCGAGUUGAGGCCACUGUCGGGAGGCCAUAGCCGUGCUGUCCAUUUCGACACGCCCUCGCAGCGCGCUGCUCCGGGUGCACCCUUGAUCGGCCACUCGUUCGUGCACCACUGGGACGAGAUGUCGCCGAUGGAGCGACGGCAACAAUGGACCAAUGAACGGGAUCAAAUGUCGAAUGGUCGGUUGAAUGGUCCCCCGAAUAGCACCUCAACAACAACCACGGAUGCGCCCGGAGAGGCAUCGACUCCCACAUCUACCAUCUCAAUGUCUGCUCUCUCGCCAUUAGCACCAAUGUACCAACCACAGGGAAUGUUCAUAGGCGCCACAGACAGACACCCUCUUGGGACGGCGCCAUCUCAUGAUCUGCCGCUCCUGGAGAUUCGGAACCCGCCACCACAGGCGCAAGCUGGCCCGGCUUCGGGAGGUAACGAGAACGCAAACCCCUCCUUGGCUACGCCGCAGGAUCUACCUGGACCUAUCCAGGGCAACAGUAAUCGGUCUUGGUAG